UCAGAUUCGGAUCUCGGUGGUGAUGUUCGUGGAUAACGUGACGCUCUCUCGCCGAUGAGGUCAUCUCUGACGGAAAUACUUCGUGGUGGCCGUGCCCGAGCCCGGACGUGGGUGUUUCCUUCCAGACUGGUUCGCAGUGUGUUGUUUCUGGAUUUGAUGGAAGAGAUGUCAGGAGACAGUGUGCUGAGCUCGGCAGUGCCGGCGGCAUCGACCCGGACCACCUCCUUCAAGGGCUCGAGCCCCAGCUCCAAGUACGUGAAGCUGAAUGUGGGGGGAGCGCUCUACUACACCACCAUGCAGACCCUCACCAAGCAGGACACCAUGCUGAAGGCCAUGUUCAGUGGCAGGAUGGAGGUGCUCACAGACAGUGAAGGAUGGAUCCUGAUUGACCGCUGUGGGAAGCACUUUGGGGCCGUCCUGAAUUACCUGCGUGAUGGAGCGGUGCCCCUGCCUGAGAGUAGGCGAGAGAUUGAAGAGCUGCUUGCCGAGGCCAAAUACUACCUUGUGCAGGGGCUGGCAGACGAGUGUCAGGCAGCACUGCAGAACAAGGACACGUACGAACCAUUCUGUAAGGUCCCUGUGAUUACAUCAAGCAAAGAGGAACAGAGACUGAUAGCCACCUCUAACAAGCCUGCUGUUAAGCUGCUGUAUAACAGAAGCAACAACAAAUACUCUUACACCAGUAACUCGGACGACAACAUGCUGAAGAACAUCGAGUUGUUUGACAAGCUGUCCCUACGCUUCAACGGCAGGGUCCUCUUUAUCAAGGACGUCCUGGGGGACGAGAUCUGCUGCUGGUCCUUCUACGGACAGGGCCGCAAGAUCGCUGAGGUCUGCUGCACCUCCAUCGUGUACGCCACUGAGAAGAAACAGACCAAGGUGGAGUUCCCCGAGGCUCGAAUCUAUGAGGAGACUCUCAAUAUCCUUCUGUACGAGGCGCAGGACGGGCGCGGUCCAGACAAUGCUCUGCUGGAGGCGACAGGGGGCGCUGCGGGGCGGUCAAGUCACCUGGACGAGGACGAAGAGAGGGAACGCAUUGAGCGAGUGAGGAGGAUCCAUGUGAAACGGCCGGAUGACAGGACACACCUCCACCAGUGAGAGGAACCGGCCGACCUUCCACUACCAGCGCAGUUCACCUCCACUUAUACUGCAUCUCCUGCAAACGCUCCCCACUGGGAUUCCUGCAAAGGUAAAAGACAGCAACUUAAUGAGUCUUUCCUAUUACAGUUACUAUAUGAACUCCCAUAUUCAAUACAGUCGCUGCUUUCUGCCUUUGUCCAGAGAUACUGAAUUUGUCCUUCGGUUGUGUAAUUUUUAAAGGAAAUGAAUGUUUGUUGCUGUCUUUUGCCUAUGGAAGGCACUGUGCUGCCUGUAAAGAUGGGAUCAUAACUCACUUAAACUAAGACAUGUUGGCAGCCUAUGCUUAUGAUAGGUAUGUGACAUGGGGUAUGGAACACUUUAUAGAAUUCGCACGUCAGUCAGUAAUUUUGUGAUGGAGGCUGAGUUUUUUUUUUUGUUAGUGUGUCUACAGGAUUAGAGCCUGCCUUAGAGGUGCACACAUCCUUUCUGCUUCCAGACUGAUUCUCAGAAUAGGAAAGGGUCAUGUGUUUCAGGGGUAACACAAGAUAGUCCUUUGUUGGUGGGAAGGUGAAUCUGUGUUUGUAUGUGUGUACAGAGAGAAUGUACAUAAACAUGCAGAUUGUUCAGUGUAUACACACAGUGUAGCAGCAGUUUUAAAUGGUUUGAUUUGGGGUCGAGACGUAUCAAAAGCCAGAAAGAAUGCACGUGAGCAUUAACAAGACUGAAUGCAUUUGAGUCGUUUUCUGUAAGGUCCACCUAAUUCCUACUUUUAAUACACCUUGUAUAUAAUAUUUCAAUGCUUUGAGAUGCUGAAGUAAAGAUUAAAAUGCGGCUGAAAAUAAGCAUAGCAUAAUAGUAAUGGUUGGAAGACAACUGGACGUUGCUGUUUUUUUUUUGUUUUUUUUUACAAAAACAAACGAAAAAGCCUGAAGAACAAAAUUAUUUAUUUUUUCUAUUAGUUUUGUUUUGCAGUUCAGGAUAACACAAAUCCUAAAUCCUCUCCUUUCCUGAAGCAGCUAUAAAAGGUUAAGUCUCCUGUAUAGUAAAUUUGAUGUAUUAUAUACUUGUGUGUGAGUGUUUGUUUAUGAUGCAAGUUUUUAGUUCCAUAAAAUUUAAUUGAGUCUUAAUUUUUAGCUGCUAAUUCUUAAUUUUUAGCUGCUUACCAUUAUGAAUUUUUUUUUUGCACCAUCCAUUUCCGUACUAUCAAUAAAGGUGCUACUGAAUGCAAAGUGCCUGGAGCAAUGCGCUGUAUCAGUGGGUGAUAUCACUGGAGUCCAAUUGAUUUGUAUUACUAUUAUUAUUGGCAAUUUUAUUAAUCUGUUUUAUUUAAAAUAAACUUUUAUACAUAAAUGCUGUAUUUUAUUCCUCUGGACAUUAAUUCAACAGUGUGAAAAAACACGGAUUAACAAAACUAAGCUUCUACUAUAUAAUGAAAAUCAGAUCAUGCAAAUUUCUAUUCCUGUACCAUGUGAUUCAGUAGUUGCAUUCUCACUUGUGUCACUUUGAAUGCUGCAGAACCUAAAUAAAUAAGACGCAUAAAAUAACAUAAACUAAGCUUGUCUUCUCUGUACUCCACACAUGGCCAUUACAUAUGUUGGCUUCAUAUUAAAGUGAUGUGUUGGAGUGAUGUGUGUAAAAUGACGUGAAGCUUGUAGCUCUUGUAGGGGCCCCUGAUAACUUCCACUGGCUACCGUGUUGGUGAAUAAAUGCAUGCUAUGGCCAAUCACUUAUCUGGUACCUGUAUUCAAGCCAUUUAACAUUUUAGUAUUACAGUAGGGGAGGGGUUAUGAGGUCCUUCCAAAUUUACAAUAAUGACAAAGUAACAUGGCACGUGCUGCAACAUUGUUGACUGCCACUAGAGGGCAGAAUUACAUAAGGAACAAUACGCUCUGACCAGUUGGUCAUAGAAGAUGGUCACUUCUACAUAUAGUAUACAUACCCCCUCAUUGCAAACACUUAGUCAAGUCAGGGUUUUCCCACUAGAUAGACUAUUCGCAUUACUGUGUUUCACUCUGCUGAGCUGCAGUAGAAAAUAAAAAUGUUUGAAUCAAUACUGUACUUCAUUCCAGGCUUUCCCAGCGGAAUGUACGUUUAUUUUGUUAGAUACAAAUCUGUAUUUUUACAAUCAUUAUAAAAACUAAAAAAAAAAACUGUCACUUUAUUUAGCUGUGCACAAAUAAUAAUAAUAAAAAAAGCUUAAACUAUAUUUAUAAAUAUUCUGUGUCUAUACUUCACAUGUACUUGUACGCUAAUAAAAUUUCUCCAAGA